CACCGAUCCUACAUUGUGUGAUGUGAUUUCAUAUGCGCCUCAGUCAUGCCCACCUGCAGCCCAGUCAGCUAAAGCUACUUAACUGGCCAUGACGGAAACCAGAGGAAAUCCAUUUCCUAGUUAGAAGAGAUCUAUCUGUGCAGUGGAAACGAAUUUUCAGCCAUGCAGAUCUUUUGGAAGGACCCCACCAGUGAAAGUGCCUACGACCGUGCACGCUGUAAUAGUGUUUUCAAUUUGGAGAGGCCCAAUUGCUUCCCCCGAGCCGUGAUCAAUGCUACAUGUACGGAGGAUGUGAUAUCAGCCAUUAAGCUGGCAGCGCACCGGGAGAGAUGCCAGGUUGCCGUCCGAUCCGGAGGCCACUCAAUUUUUGUCUGGAGUCUGCAUGAAAAUUCAAUCCUGGUAAAUCUUGGCAACUGGAAAGAAAUCGUUGUGGAUGCAGACUCGAAAAUCGCACAGGUGACGACUAGUGUCACAGGAUUCGAGCUGAAUCACUAUCUGCGCACAAAGAAUCAACUCUUCUUCCCCACGGGUCAUUGCCCAGAUGUUGCACUUGGGGGAUUCCUGUUACAAGGGGGCCAAGGGUGGAACUGUCGCAAUUGGGGGUACGCCUGUGACUUGCUUGUCGGUGUAGAGGUUGUCACUGCAGAAGGUGAUGUACUAUUCUGCAAUCAGCACGAGAACCAAGACCUGUUCUGGGCGGCUAGAGGGGCUGGACCUUUGUUUCCCGCAAUUGUGACCAAAUUUCAUUUACAAUUGCUGCCGGACCCGACUGCGGGCCUUCGGUCUUCUGGCUACAUUUAUCCCGCCAAUAUGUAUCGCCAAGCAUUUGAGUGGGUUCAAUCUAUCAUUCCAAGCGCUGAUCAGGACACGGAAAUUGUCAUGGUAGCCUUUUAUUCCGAGUCUAGUGGCGAAGUCUGCUUCAAGGUGAACUUUGUCACUAUGAAGGCGAAUGCCUUGGCAGCUGAACAUGCGCUCAAGCAGUUGCAUCAGGGUCGACCCCCUGGGACAAUCACAGAGUGGGUCUCCCAAGAGGGCAGUCUAGAUGAUCUGUUCAAUGAUCAGCGCCUGGCCAAUCCACCCUCACACUAUUAUUACACUGACAAUAGCUACAUUUCCAACAUGGUGAAUGUUACUGAGGUACUGGAAGAGUCCUUUUUGACGCUUCCCCCGGGCAAGUCCUUCGCUUUCUGGUAUCCCAUGUAUCCCCGAAGUAGACAGCCUAAGUCAGACAUGGCCUUAAGUGUCCCAUCAGAUCAUUACUUUUCCAUGUAUGCAGUCUCCGAAGACCGAGAUGACGCUAGGCGAUGCAGGACGUGGGUGGAGAAGACGAUGAGAAGAAUCCGGGAAUAUGCCGUGGGAUCAUAUCUAGGCGAGUGUGACCUAAAGCUGUCGCAUGAUUGGUACUGGACAAAAGACGCUGCCCGGCGUCUUACAGCCAUUCGUGAGAAAUGGGAUCCUGACUGUCUGUUUUGCACGGUUCAUGAUAAGCAAGGGGAACAGGGUGUUUAGACGAUCCUGCAAGAAGAAAGCGACUCCAACAGGGGUGGGCCUUCUUCGGGUGUAUAUUGCCAAAAUUUUAUUGAUAACCACAUG